AUGACUAACAAAUUGGCAUUUGAAGCACUCGAUAGGACGUUACGUGAUAUAAUGGUUUCGGUCUCUGAUAGGAAUAAAGAUUUACCUUUUGGUGGGAAGGUGGUUGUUCUCGGUGGUGAUUUCAGGCAGGUCUUGCCAGUUAUUCUUGAAGGUUCUCGUGCUGAGAUUGUCAUGGCUUUGAUAAAUUCUUCUGUCCUCUGGAAAUAUUGCAAAGUUUUGUGUUUGACAAAAAAUAUGAGGUUAACAAUGGGAUCGGAACAAUCAACUCCUCAGGAGCUAAGGUUAUUUUCAGAUUGGAUACUUCAAAUCGGUGAAGGUCGAUGUGGAACAGUGAAUUUUCAUGAUCCAAGUUUUUUCCAGGAUAGGGCAAUUUUGGCUCCGACUAUCGACAAUGUUGAAGAGAUAAACAAUUAUAUUGUUGACUUGUUGCCCGGGGAGGAGAAAAAUUAUCUCAGUGCUGAUUCGAUAUGUGGUAGUGAUGUCUAUUCUGAUGUUGAUGUUGAUUGGAUAAAUGUUGAAUUCUUGAAUCAGAUAGGUGUUCUGGUCUACCUAAUCAUUCGUUGA